UUGGCAUCACUGCAUGCCCGUCUGUCCCUCCGUCCCGUCCGUCCGUCUCACGUCAGUCAACAACCCAAACUUGCCCCAUUGCAGCCAGCAGCCAGCCUCAGCCUCCUUGAUUUCUGCAAGUCCGUGCCUGGUCCCAGCUGUUCUUUCAGUGGGCGGAACAACUAAGGGCUCCGGGCCCAAUUACUGCGUCCCCUGCCGCUUUGUUUGGACUCGUCUAGUGCGCUGCUAGACUUGGUCAGACGACAUGUCUUCUGCCGGCGUCCAGUCGCCGAGCGACGACACAGAGGAUCAGUCUCAAUCACCUUCUUUAAACAAGCUGUGUGACGACGCCCUGAUCCUUGUACUGCGACUCCUCGGCUGUGGGGACCUCCAGCGAUGUCGUCUCGUUUGCCGGCGCUGGCGGGACCUGGUUCAACACCCAGAUGUGUGGCGGCACCGAGCGAUGGAGUUGUUGCCGAACGGCUUCCUGAUACUUGUGAUGCGUUACUUCGAUAUUAGGGAACUGUUGCCGCUCCGGCUCGUCUGUCGCCGUUGGCGGGACCUGGCCAUGCACCCCGGCGUGUGGCGGUACUUAAUCGUUGGAGAGCGGCACCUCAGCUUGCGACCACCGUGCUGCGGCGAACUCAGGUUAUCCUCUGAGAAUCCCCUUUCCUUGGCCGCGACCGCCAUGUGCCCUGCCGCCUUGGUAUACAUAUAUAUUCCGGACGGUGGGGCCAACGAGGCUCUCCUACAAGUGGUGCGCCACCAGGCGGGACUGGGCAACCUCAGGUGCAUAUGGUUAACUGUGAGGGAUCCAUUUGUCUACAACAACUUUGACGUUGUGCUGAGCGUCGAAGGAUUGCGUGAGCUGGAAGUGCGGCAAUUCUGCAAGACGGAAAGACUGUCGAUUUUCAAGAGAUCAUGCUUUCCUGCUGCUGCUCCGUCUCUUCGGAAGCUGACGUACGAGGGAGGGCCAGGGUCAGAUCCCUUCCUGGAAUCGCUGCUGCAAGCGGUCGCCCUCAGCCUGGAAGAUCUCGACCUCCUUUUUUGUACCGAAUUCGAUAAUUUCCAUAGCGACAUGACGGUCGCCAGGCUGCUGAGCAAGUGCAACAACCUCCGAAAACUUAGAUGCCCGUUCUUGGGGGGCUUCGAGCAGCUGCUGGCUUGCCGUUCGCUAACCGACCUUGAAAUUUCAACCGUAGUUGACGCGGUGCAAGGGUCUAACGAGGAAGAUGCUCGCUGCGCCAUCUCCAGUCUCUGCUGCUUCCUGCGCUCUGCUCCUCAUCUCACUCAUCUGAGCUUUUGGUUCGAUAAUUUUGAAACGGCGACGGACCUAUUCCGAGCAUUGGAUGGCGCUGGUCGCUCCCAGAUUACUUCUCUAAAAGUCCGUACUGAAGUUAAUUGGACAAAGGAACAGGCCGAUCGCCUCUGGGAGCUCGUUGUACCCAUACUUCCAAACUUCCCCCGACUUGAGGAACUGACUGCCGAUCUGAUGGUGACGCCACAUCUGCUGAGAGCCAUUCGUCCUAACCUCCUUCCCAACGUCACACGUCUAAAUGUGAUGUUUCUGGACCGAUGUUUCAACUGCAACUGGGACCUGCUAUGCGAGAUGCUGCAGAUCUAUCCGAGACUGCAAAUAAAUAUAGAGUUUGAAAAUUUAUGCCACUGUCGUCAGUGUUCGAAACCAGGGGGGGAAUGCCACGAGCUUUUAAAAAGACGGCCUGGUUUUCAAGUGAACUAUUUGAGAAAGAAUGCAGCAAAGAACCGCGUGAACUGUGAUGGGGUUGUACACAUGUGGUCCUCAGAUGAAGACGAUGAUGAUAAUGAUAAUGUAGAUUUUUAAAUUGAUUCUGAUUGAUUCCACAAAAUUAACAAAAUUUUAUAUAUGACAGUGAUUAAUAGGUUUUACAAUUUGUAAAAGAAACUUUA